CAAGUUCUCACUCGCCCUGUACUCCAUACUCUCUACUAGGCACUAGCUAUAUAUAAAUUUAAAAACAAAAAAACACCAAUUUUUUUUAUUUCCAAAUUUGUUAUCAAUUUCUUCAUGUUUUCUUUGCUUCCAAACAGCACACAUUCCACGUACGAACAUAAUUUUCUCGCCAACUUUCUCCUGGAAAAAAAAAUUUCUUAUGCAAAAAUGCAGUUUGUCCUCUCUUGACUCAAAUUUUCGUAUCUGUUUUUGUUUUCAUCGUAUAGGAUUAGAAAUUAUACAAACUUGUAAGUGUGGAUAACACUAUAACUGCGUUCUUUUGGUAUAAUUUCAAAAUUUUGACAUAGGACUAUUGACUCGUACACUUUUUUUCUUUUAGAGAUGAAGAUGAUAUCGGAAAAUGAAGAUCAAUGUUUAGUGCUACGAUCAAAAUCGGAGGAUACAACUCGUGAUUUUCACGAGGAUACAACUCGUGAUUUUCACAAAAAAUCAAAACGUUCAUAUUCUAGGGAAUUUCUCUUUUCCUUUGCUAAACUUGAUACAUGUAAAAAGUUACCUACUGGAUUUGACAGUUCAAUACUAAGAGAACUUGAUGAUCAAUCAACUAGUGUGUUGCACUCGUAUCAUGAUUCAGAUGCUAGCAGAUUUCAAAGCAGUCUAUCUCAUUGUUCAAGGCGAAAUCCUGAGCAAGGAAUUUUGGGAAGUGGUGCUAGAGUUCAUAGAGAUAUAGCAGAGACUAUUAUUCCAGUAGUUCAAGGCAGUGGCUUCCACCUACUCAACAGGAGUAGUGAACCUUAUCGGCCUCCACAUCUAUGCAAGGCAAAAUAUUAUUCAGAAAGAGAAAGUAAGGACCAUUACAAUGAUGAAACAUUUGGUUCCCCUGAUAAUCUGAGUCAAGACAGAGCAGAGGAGGAAAAAAUAAGAAGAGAUUCAUUUGAAUUGAUGAGGAAGGAACAAGAAAUGGUUACUCAAGAAAAGCAAAAGUUCAUCUGUGAUGAUUAUACAGAGAAUUUGAAACCAUAUAUUGCUAUAGUCUUGGAGGAUUCUGAAGGUGAUUUUGAGUCCAAGGGAUCUGAGUCUCGUGAUGUUAAAGAAGGUCACUCUGAGAACCCUUUGGUCUGUUCCUCUGACUUAACUCAUCUGCUUGCCGAAGGAGAUUAUGGGUGA